AUUUAGCACCGCAACACUCAUUUCAACAAUAGUCACAUUCACUUCACAACAAAUAUCACAAAAUGCUGCCGGUUUUGUUUUUCAUAUUAACGGUUUCCGGGGUUUAUUGUGAGCCAGAAACUGUACGAGAGAAUUUCGAUUACUUUAGCUAUGGAAGUAAUGAUGACUUGCUGAAGAAUCUGGAUCUGCAUCUUCCCAAAGAUGAAGUUGUGUUACGACCACAAGAGGUCAAGGAUUGGCCACAACAAUCCCUAAACGUAGGGCAGAUAACCGCCGUAUCAAUCAAUUCUUUGGGACAACCUGUCAUAUUCCACAGGGCUGAAAGAGUUUGGGAUGAAAGCACCUUCAACGAAUCAAAUGUUUAUCAGAAUUUAGACAAAGGCCCUAUUAUAGAAGACACUAUUUUAGUCCUGGAUCCCCAAACUGGAUCAGUACUACAUAGUUGGGGAGCUUAUUCUUUUUAUAUGCCACAUGGUUUGACUGUAGAUCAUCAUGAUAAUGUAUGGGUUACAGAUGUGGCUAAACAUCAAGUUUUUAAGUAUACUCCUAACAACCACAAGUACCCCAGCCUCACGAUCGGAGAAGCAUUCACUGCUGGUUUCCCAUAUAGGCGCAGAGUGCUGCUUUGUAUGCCCACAUCUGUUGCCAUAGCAACUACUGGAGAAAUCUUCGUAGCCGACGGCUACUGCAACAACCAAAUCCUGAAAUUCAAUGCGGCUGGCAAACUCCUGCUUGCGAUCCCCUCAUUUACUGACACUCUCACCCUUAAUCUUCCACAUAGUGUGACGUUACUUGAACAUUUGGAUAUGGUGUGCAUCGCAGACAGAGAAAAUAUGAGAAUUGUCUGUCCGAAGGCCGGUUUGAAGAGUUACAUCAAGAUGUUUGAGCCUGCUACUAUUAUACAGGACCCUACUCUAGGCAGAGUGUUCGCUGUAACGUCUCAUGGAGAUAUGAUUUAUGCUGUCAAUGGACCUACAGCUCAGAAUAUUGCAGUCAGAGGGUUUACUGUCAAUGCUGUCUACGGGAAUAUAAUGGACACUUGGGAGCCCACUACGGGCUUCACAAACCCUCACUCGAUAGCUGCCACAAGAAACGGGUCUCACCUAUACGUCACAGAAAUUGGUCCUAACAAGAUUUGGAAGUUUGAACUAACUGACGUAUACGACAAAAAGUAGAAUUGUUAGGAAAAUUAGAGCUUUAUAUAUUUGUUAAACAUUAGAAAAAGCCUCAAAUACAGAUGCGGAUAAGAUUCGCAGGGAUGUUCAUGGGUGUUAGAUGUGAUACAUUGAAUUUUAAUUGCUGUGGGUAUUCCAGGCAAGGCUGAAUCUUAGUCAAUCCAUAUUUGUAAUUACAUGACUAUAUUUUUUUUUUAUGAAACAUUGGUCUCACUGGUGCAUUAACACUUAAAAACCAAGAAAGUUUAUAAAAAUGAGAAUCUGAGGACAAAGAUUAAUGAGAUAAUAGGCAAAAUGCAUCCAUCUGUGGUUUGCCGAUUGCUAAAGCAUACAAUUUGUCUUCAGAAUUUCCAUUAUAAUAAUUAAAAAACUUAACCAAAGAAAUAUUUAUUCUUAUAUAUUUAUAUGCGGUAUAAAAAUAUACAAACAGCUAUAAGAAUAGUAAAUGUAUAUGGCUUAUUUUUUCAGAUCUGAUUUCAAAAUAAAUGGUUAGGAUUUAUCUAAUUAUAUUUUCAAAACUUCUCUCUUCGAAAUACUCUAAAUUAAUAAAUCUGUAGUAUUGAUUAUAUAUUAUAAUAUCACAUAGAAUAAGAUGUACCUACUACUACUGUUACUAUAAACAAAUUAAAAAAAUAUAUACAUAUGUGGAAGAUGGAUAACCUACCCACAUCUAUUAAAAUAUUUAAAUAAUUCGCUUCUCAUAUAAUUAUAAGAGUUAUACAAUAAUCAGUUGUAUUAUAUAAUAAUUAUACUAAUACAAUCCAUGGGGUUUUGGAUAUUGGCAAAUAAGGUCCAAUAAAAUCACGCACACAAUUUAAGUCAAUGGCAAGAAGUUAAAAUGCGAAACAUAGGAUUUACUUUUUUCUGAUUUCGUUCUUUCAAUUUGGAGAUAAAAGUACUUAUUUAUUUUUUGUAAAAUUGUCAGGUCAAUAUGUUUACAAUGAACUUUCGUUUUCCAAGAGUAGUAUUUAAUUGAAAAACUAACUGAAGGUGAAUAUAAUUAUCACGUAUGUAGGUUUUUUCUUUAAUUAAAUAUUUUAUGUAGGUAUAGAUAUUAACUAUUUUCAUAUUCCUACUUUUAGAUAUAUCCUUACGCCUUAGUUACCUACCUACUAUGCUAUGUACCUAUAUGGACCAAAUUGGAUUUGGGACAUUAAAAAGACAGAGAUAAGUUCCAAUUAGGAAGUAAAGUUAACUUGGUAGAAAUAAAAACAAUUAUAUAAAAUGUUGUUUGAUUUAACUAAAUUAAAUUAACGUAAUUUUGAGGUCAAUUUCGAAAGGGCUGAAAGCACGCACAAACAACUAAGUAUUUCGACUCCACGGAGUUAAUUUUUCUUUGUUCUGUAUUCGAACAUAAGAAAUAUGAGGGGGAGAGGAAGUAAUUUUAGUAUAGCACUUUUCAAAUUUUACCAAUCGUAACAUAUGAGAAAACCGUAUUCAAAUGGGAGCAAUAGUUUUCGCGUGAUGUGACUACAAACAUACAGACAGACAGAAAUGUUAAAAUUCACAUGUGUGGCUACUGUUGAUCUUAUACAGAUCUCCCAUAUCGAAUUUUUACCAAUAU